AUAAUACAUCAUAUCGUGUCUGCCUCUCUGUCUUCCCAUUUCUCUCUCUUUCCAUUUCUUUAUUUCCAUGAAAUUGCAAAUGCAAAUUGGAGUUAAAAUCUUCUCAUUACUCAAAAACCCAAAACCAUAACUCUCGUUCGGAGCUAACAAAGAAACCAAACAUCAACAAACAACCAAACCAAAACAAACACUUAUCAGCUUAACCCUUUUCUCUCUCUCUCUCUCUCUCUCUCUCUCUCUCUCUCUGCAACUGGAUCUACCCACCCUUACACUUUCUUCUCUCAGUUAUGGCCAGACAACGAUUCUGGGUUUCUUCUUCUCUUCUUGUUCUUCUCACGGCGCUCUCUGUUUCUUCUCUCACUACCACUUUUCUUUCUGACAGCAUUUUCGAUUCUCAAGCGCAUACUGGUCGGAACCUUCUUCAGGCUAAAAAAGGUUGUUCUGUGAACUUCGAGUUUUUGAACUACACAAUAAUCACAAGCCAAUGCAAAGGACCCCACUACCCUCCCAAAGAAUGUUGUGGGGCAUUUAAAGAAUUUGCUUGCCCCUACGCCGAUGUGUUAAAUGAUUUAACGAAUGAUUGUGCCUCAACCAUGUUUAGUUACAUUAAUCUCUACGGAAAAUACCCUCCUGGUCUCUUUGCUAGUGAGUGCCACGACAGUAAGGAGGGCCUUGCCUGUCCUGCAUUGCCACCAUCAGUAUCAGCAGAUGACACUGCAAAUCAAGUUCUACAUUGUCCAUCUCUAGUGCUGAUGCUCACAGCCUGCUUCUUAAUCUUAUUAUUCUGAUACUUCUACUUCUAUACCGAAUUUUCAUUCUUUUGUUGCAUUUACAUUGUUGUAUAAUCAGAGUGACCAUUUUUUAUAUGUUGUGUGUGAAUUACUUUUUGAGUCAGAAAAAAAGGAUGUCUGCCUGUAGUUUAAGGAAAGCUCUAUUAACCAAUUCUGUAAUGAAAUUACGUUUGCCACAAGUGACUAUCUUCUAUUAAUCAGAGUAAAUGCUUAUUG